CAAUUCUAAGCGCUCUCUCUCUCUCCCUCUUUUGCUUUCUCUCUCUAACGGCGGAGCCAUGGGUUUCCCGGUGGGCUACACGGAGCUCCUCCUCCCAAGAAUCUUCCUAUGUUUACUCUCCCUCUUAGGCUUAAUCCGAAAACUCAUUUACACUGUUUUUUGGUUAAUGGGUCUACCCGAAUUUAUCGAACCCGACCCGAUAUCAUCGUCACCAUGGCCGGAACCGCGGUCGAUUUCCACGACGGCGCAUAACCAAGAAACCGCCUUCUUCUACCCGGUGGCGGCCAGGCUGGCCGGAGAAAUCAUACCCGUUGUCAGAUUCUCAGAAUUGAACCGACCCGGAUCCGGAUCCGAUUGCUGCGCCGUGUGCCUCCGCGAGUUUGAGAGCGAAGACGAGAUCCGACGGCUGACGAAUUGCCAACACAUAUUCCAUCGGAGCUGUUUGGAUCGUUGGAUGAUGGGUUAUAAUCAGAUGACGUGUCCACUUUGUAGAACGCCGUUUAUUCCUGAUGAUCAACAAGUUGCUUUUAACCAACGGAUUUGGUCGGAAUCUAUUAGUGUUUCAGAACUUACCGGUGAAUCAACUUAGAGUAUUUUUUUAUAUAUAUUUUUAGGUGGAAACCGUGGAAUUAGUUUCUGCAAAUGGAAAAUAUAUAUUUUUUUUCAUUUUGUUUUUUGUUUUGUUUAAUUUUUAGUUGGGUCGAGUGGUUGAUAUAUGUAAAUAUAAAACUACAGGUGGUGCUUACAAGAAAUGGAAAUUUAAUUUGUAUCAUCCGUCGAGGAAAAAAGAGAUGAAAUAUUAAUUUUU